GCAGACUGGAGUGCACUGGAUCUGUUAUGAGGCUGUAGAUGGGAUUGGUACACAUUCUGAGCAGAAGUGCAUCAGUGUUACAGUAGUCGAGCAGCAGGCUGUGCUGAGCUUCGCGACCCCGACGGCCAACCAGUCGGUGUCGUUCUACAUGAGGGAUACGAAGACUGUCUCUAUCAUCGGACAGAGCAGUAUCCCGUAUGACCUCUUGGAAAUCUCCGUGGAAGGCACGAUCGAGUAUGGGCAGGUUGUGACUGUCAACACGCCAAGUCAGCAGACCAAAGUCAAAGCGACGGACAGCGUCAAUGUCGCACAACUGACGGCAGAAUUUUCAUGGCGGCCUGAUAUCAACAUGGGAGGGUACAACAAGACGAUCUGUUUCCGCCUAUCAGCAAGAGGAGAUAUCUCGAGACCAGCGGUCGCCAGCACGUCCGUCUGCAUCCGAGUUGUGGUCCCCAAGUGUAAAUACAUGGCUCAGCCCGGUGACGAUCUGCAGCGGAUCGGGCAGAUCUUCAAGGCUGACUGGUUGACGAUCUGGGGAUUGAAUGCACAACUUGACAACUCGACGGUGGAUGUUGGGCAAGAGGUAAACAUCGGAAGGUCGUACAAGGUCGUGCUAGGGGAUACCCUCCUUUCCAUCGCCAACCUGUUCUCCGUAACGGUUGCUUCCCUGCGUCAGCUGAACUUUGACGUGUCGCAAGCCAAGUCAGCCUACACCCUCGAGCCUGACACGUUCGUCUGCCUGUUCCCUAACACCUGCCCUUGAGCCUCGUCAGUGAAGCUACGAAUCUCA